AUGAACUCUCCACAUUCAUAGUAGUAGUAGAACAAAGCUAAAGAUUUUAAUUCUUACAAUCAUAUAAAUCUUUAAGAAACUUAUUAUGCGGGAGCCAACCAUUAGGGUGGUUAUGAUUCAAAUAAUAAUAAUAAUAAAAAAGGUAAUCUAAUGACUGAAGAUAAAGUAUUAAAACAUUAAAGAAAAAAUAAUCAAGAUAAAGAGUAAAUUAAACUGGAUAAUUAUUCUGCACAUAGUUUAAGAGAGGACACAGAAAGCAAAAAUAAUUUAGAUAAAAAAGGAUACGAAGAAGAUGUUAUUAGUGAUGAAUUAUCAUCUUAAGGAAAUUUAACUCCAAAUCAUAAAACGAUUGAAUAUUCUUAAUCACAAAUUGAAAAGAUAGAUUCUAGCUAAAAUGUAUCUAGCUCUCAGGCUAAUAAACUAACAACAUUAAUGGAUGAUUCACAAGAUUAAAAAGUUAAUAAAAUUCUAUUCAUGAAUUAUUAGGAUAAAAAUUAUAUAGGUAAUUAUAAUUUAAACAAUAAAGUUAGUGAUAACUUUAUUAUACAAUAUGAUGAAAACGAAUCAAUUCUUUCUGAAUAAAAUAUUACCAAUUAAAAUUAUUCUAGUUCCUCUAUUCCUUAAACUAUUUAGAAAAUGUUAAACUAGCAAUAGUUGCAAAGCUAAUAAAAGCAAAAUUAUUAAUAGCAGACAUAAAUUGGUUAGUUAGAAAAUGAAAAAGGUGGACAUUAAGAUAAUUUAUUAAGCAGCAUAAAGGCUGAGUAAAGAUAAGACGAUGCAGUCCAUUUCUAAUUUGAAAAAUCCUCUAAGUAUUUUUAAAAAUUUUUAAAUGGAGAAAAUUUAAAUGAUAGCUCAAUGAUGUAAAGUUCUUCUAUGCUUUUUGAUUACCCUCUUUAGCAAAGAACCAAUUCCAAAGAUAUGCAGAGUUUUAUUUAAGAUCUGCAAAAUUAAGAAACAACUAAUUUAAGAGCCUAAUUAAAUGAGUCUACAUAACGUUACAAACAAACGUUGACUUAGAACAAAAUUUUGAUUGAUGGUUACGAAAAGCUAAAGUAAUAAGUCGACGAUCUAUAAAAAUAAGUUAACAGUUAUCAAGAAAAGUAAUAAAUAAAAGAUGAAAAUUAGACCAAUCAACGCAAUAAGAAAGAAGAAAAUAGCUUUAAUUCCCCUUCAGCUGGUAAAUAAAAAGAUGAUAGAACUUCUCAUAAUAGAUCAGCUAGCCAUUCUUAAAAACACGAGGAGCUGCAAAAACAACUGCAGGAUGAAAUUGUUCAAAAAUAAAAUCAAGAAAUAGAAAGUUUAAGAACAAAAAAUUUAGAAUUGAUGCAACAAAAAGCUGAGUUAGAAAAUAAUAUAAAAUCAUCAAAUUUUAGGAUCCUUGAGCUGCAAUCACAGUUGAAUGCCAAAGAUGUUAUUUUGAAGGAAAAAAAUCAGGAAAUAAAAAAGCUUUAUUUACAAAAUGAAACACUGAAGUUAGACCUAAAGCAUGUUUAAUCUUUCAAUGGAUUAUUAUCACCAAGUACAAAGAAAAUCCAAGAUAAGAUAGGACAUAAUAGCAUAAAGUCUCCUAAACAAUAAACAUCUCAAAGAAAGGGGAGCUUUUAUUCAGAAAUAAACAUUUAAGCUUAAAGAGAGAAAGCAGAUCAUAGUUAAUUAGAAUAUUAAAAGGAGUUAAGUGUAAAAUCUGCUAAUAUUCCAAGAAAAGUGGGAAUAAAUAAAAUUUAGACAGAGUAAAGCUAAAUUUUAAAAGAUGAAAAGUUUAACAAAAGCAUGAAUUAAUAUUACACAAAUAACAGCUCCACAAAAAAUUAAGGCUAAAAUAAUUCAACAACUUAAAAAAUAAGCAUUGAGAAAAUUAGUUCGGAAAUUAAGUAACUUAAAAACUCAUUAAUGAGCACUGAUAGCUUGCUUAGAACUUAACGUACAAAAAAUUAAGUUUUAAGUGAAAAAGUUUAUCAGGCAGAAAAAAUAAGAUCUAAUUUAGACUAAAUACCAAAGCAGUCAUCAGAGUCUUAAAAUAUAAAUAAUUAGAAUUAGCUCUAUUCAAGAACAACAAAGCCUCAUAGUCAAAAUAAUGAAAACAGUUAAUAAGAAUAAGAUACAAAUCUUUCUGCAUCUUAAAAAAUAAAUGAUCAAAAUAAAAAUUUAGCUGCAACUUAGUUUAAAACUGUAUUUAACAAUUAAGUAAAUCAAAAAGAAUUUUAAAAUGAAAUGGAUAGAAUAAAUAACAAAUAGCUUAACGAGACAAGCCAGAGUGAGAUUCAUGGAGCAUCAAGUUAUACUCCUAGGGAUUUAUCACAAAAUAUUCCUACUCCAAUGAGGAAUGCUAUUCCGAUAUUUUAAGAAAAAUCUUAAUACGAAGAACAAUAAAUUAAUUAACCAAUUUUUAACUAGGAGUCUUAAUUUACUUUAUAAAAUUAAACUUUGUAAGAAAGCCGUAAAGAAAUUGUAAAUUAGUAAAUUCAUGCAAAUUAAAAUUACCCUCCAAAUGGCUAUAUGAAUUAGUUUUAGCAAUAAUAAAUGUAUGAAUAAUAACUUGAGCUAGAAUAACAACAACAUUAUGAUCUUCAAUAAUAGAAUAAUCAAUAAUAAUAAUAACAUAAUUUAUAAUAAUAGCAAGCAUAGUAUAUCCAAGGACCAAACAUACAGUAACCCAAUUAUCCAUAAAAUUAGUCAACUUAAAAAUUAAAAAACCUGCUUAAUGAAUAGUAUGAUAAUUUUUCUUAAAAUUCUAGAUUAGCAGUGAAUUAAAAUAUCUAGAGUAAUCAGCAUCCUUCUCAAAAUAUGCUUUACUUCAACCAAUAAAAUUCAAACAAUAUUAGCUAAAAUUAAAUUUUAUCUGCAGAUUAGUCACAUAGUUAAUUUAGUAACUUACUGAAUAAAAGAGCAAUGAGUAGUUAGUAGUUGUAUCCUUAAAAUGUGUAGCAAUAACCUCAGACUCUUAAUAAAUCGAUGUAAAAUUAAAAUUAAAUCCUUACAUAAACUCCUCAGCAUCAGCCUUUUGAAAGAUAGCCCAGUUAAAAUCUAUCAGAUAUACCAAUUUAAGAUAAAUAGAUAAGCAAUAACGGAUACCAAUAAUACAAUAAAGUUCAAUAGGUAUAAUUAGUACCGAAUAAUCCUUAUUAGCAAAUGUUCUUUUAGUAACGAACUUCUACUCCUCAAAUAAAUAGCUAAUUUAAUUAAAUCACUACUCCUUAAUCUCCCAAUUAGCUUCACCUAAAUUAAUCUCCAAACUAACUUGUCUUGAAUCAGUCUAUGUAAUCAAAUUAAUAUCAGUCAACAAAUUAGUAGUAAAAUAGCUUAAAUAAUGCGUACUAAAUUGGAUUAAGUUAACAAGCAAAUAAUCCACACUCUAUUUAUUAGUCUAACAAUUUACAUAAUCAUUAACAAAACUCAUCUACAAACUACUUCCAGCCUACCAACAAUACUUUACAAUAGUCAUAGAAUUUCUCUUAAAAUUAAUUUUAAUUUUCUAAUUAUCUAAGUACAUUUCCUAACAGUCAAAAUAGGUCUUCUGUAAAUACAAUCUCAUCUCUAAAAGGAGAAAAUUUAAAAAAGUUAAACUAGUAACUUGUUGAGCUUGAGCUUGAAAAAAAUUUAAUUGAAACAAAAAUUAUGAAAGAGUAAAGCAAAAAAUACGGUCAAGGAUUGAGCAGAAGUGCUGCAAUAAUAGAUUUGAAUAAUAAACUUUAGCAAAUUAAUAGUUAAAUUGAAGAAAUAAGAUAUAUGAUGAUGGAAUAGGCAAUGUGA